CCUCCCGGAAAUGGGGUGGAGUGAUUUGACAAUGGGAUUAUUUUGUAGAGCUAGGCCGGCCCGAUAAUUGCAAACACACUUCCGGUCUUUGUAGCUACCCCUAGCCCACCCCCACAUCUUCUGUGUGGGUGUCUAGGGGUUGGAAAGAAGUGAGCGUGACUAGCUGCCCCCUUUCCCCCGUCCUGGGUUCGCGAUUUAUAAACCCCCUAAAAUCUAUUCUAGGAUCUCAGGUUAAGAACCCCUGAACUAAGUAAUCUUCAAGCUCCCUUCCAGCUCCAAAUACUGCCUUCCAAUAUGUUUACAGUGCCUGAAAAAGAAAAUCAAGAGCUGGAGUUUGAUUCCUGGACCAUAGAGUCUAUCUGGAAUUAAGUGGCAUCCCCCAAGUCUGGAAGAUGUCUACAGAAUCCGGGGAAGUUGCACCCCUGACUCCUAGGUAUCCACAGAAACAAGAGAGACCUCUGAAAAUGGAACUGAGGGAGGUUGGUGCCUGGGAACAGGAACCAAGCAUACAGUGGAAGGUCACAUCCUUUGAUGGGGAGAUUUUUCGACAACGUUUUAGGCAUUUCUGCUAUGAGGAGACUCCUGGACCACGUGAAGCUCUCAACCAACUCAGAGACCUUUGUCAGAAAUGGUUAAGACCAGAUAUUCAUACAAAGGUGCAGAUCCUGGAACUAUUGGUACUAGAGAAGUUCCUGACCAUCUUGCCUGAAGAACUACAAGCCUGGUUGGAGGAACACCAUCCAAAGAGUGGGGAACAGGCAGUGACUAUGUUGGAGGAUUUAGAGCAAGAGCUUGAUGAGCCAGAUCAACAGGUCAGAGCCUCUGCCUACAGGAAAGAGGAGAUUUUGAAGGAGUCAACACUUUUGGGAACAUCACAAAAGUCCUCUUGUGUUCAGUUCCAGGCUUUGGAGGUCCAGCCUAAGUGUGAAUCACCAGAACUCCACUUCCAACCAGAAAGAGGUGGUGAUAAUCAGACUGAGGAACACUUAACUCCAAAGCAGGAAAUUUCUGCAGAAAAUGAACUAUAUGAGGAAGUCUCUGGAAAUCUUAAUGGAAAUAUUCCUCAUGUUUCAGAGUGUGAUAAACAUCUUAAAGGUAGAUUGAGAAAAAAGAAAGAAAAUCUGCUCGUCCAGAGACAACAUAAAGAUAAUGAAUGGGAGGAAAAUUUCACUUGGAGCUCAGGCUUUAUUAGGAAUCAAAACAUCUACUCUAUUGAAAAACCCUAUGGCUGUGAUGCAUGUGAGAAAGCCUUCAGUCAGAGCUCACAUCUUCUUAAUCAUCAGAGAAUUCAUACUGGAGAGAAACCCUAUGAAUGUGAGGAGUGUGGGAAGGCCUUCAAUUAUAGCUCACAUCUUAUUCUACAUCGGAGAAUCCACACUGGGGAGAAACCUUAUGAGUGUGUUGAGUGUGGAAAAUCCUUUAGUCAAAGUUCAAGCCUCAUUCAGCAUCAGAGAAUCCAUACUGGGGAGAAACCCUAUCCAUGUAAUCAGUGUAGUAAAAGUUUUAGUCGAAGCUCAAACCGUAUUUUACAUCAGAGAAUACACACAGGAGAGAAACCUUAUGAAUGUGAUAAGUGUGGGAAAGCCUUCAGACAGAAAUCUGCCCUUGUUCUACAUCAGAGAAUACAUACUGGAGAAAAACCUUAUGAAUGUGACGAAUGUGGAAAAGCCUUCAGUCAGAGUACAAACCUUAUUAAACAUCAGAGGAGUCACAGUGGAGAAAAAAUCCUUUCAUCAUGAGUGUGACUCAAGCCCCUGUUACUAAUAGAAAAAAAAAACACUGAAGUAAAAAUCCUUGAUAUAAUCACUGUAGUUAAAACAUCACCCAUAGAUUUCCUGUUUGAACAGUAAGAAACCAUUCUAGACAGAAGCUCCAUUAGUAUAACAAAUAAAGAAAAAAUGAUCAAAAAACAUUGAAACCUUGUCUAGAAAUCUUAGUAAUGGUUUGAGAGUCAAUCAACAAACAUUUACUCAGCUUCACUUUAUAGAAAUUUCAAUAUAAAUACAAAGAUUAUUUGUUUUCAAAGAACUUAGAUUCUAUUUAGAAGAUAUAAGAUGUUUACAAUUAAUUACUGCCCUAGUCUUUUUCUUGAAAUAUUAUGGGAUCUCAUUCUACUUCCAAGUGUACAUUCCUAUUAAUGCAAAUAAUAAAAUUAAUGGCUCUGUUGUCAGAGUUCCCUCUUUGAACCACCACAAAUUGUAAGUAACAGUGCGUGUGUCUUUAUAGCAUAAAUAGCCUUAUAUAAUUCUUCAAUUAUGUACUGAUACUAAUAUUCUGAACAUAGGAAUCAAAUUUUUCAAAAAAAAAAAAAAGGGAUCUGCAGAGUAUAGUGAGAUACUUUUAUAUUAGAGUUUGGAAGAGUUUAAAACUUUAUAGAGCACAUAUAUAAAAUCAGUUAUAGAUCAAAUCAUUAUCAUUAAACCUACUUCUAUAUGUCUCAUUGCUCUGUUCAAAAUUAAUUUUAUGGCUAAUAUCACAAGAAUUCAUGUGUUUUCAUGCUUGAUGAAUACUUGUGCAUUUACAUCAACUUAUGUAAUUAAUGCAUUUAUUUCAUCUUUGUAAUGUCUGGAGGGUUAUGUCAUUUAAAUAGAGUUGGCCUUGAAAUCAGAAAGUUCUUAGGUUCAAAUCCUCCCUCUGACAUUCUGGCUGUUUGUCUCUGGGCAAUUCACUUGAUCUUAGUGCCCCCUGGCAAUUCUCUAUGACAAACUAUAAUUGAGAAAAAUGUUGGUCUUCUUUUGGUAGAGGAAGUUCCUCAUCAGGAGUUCUCUUCACCAUUGAAAUCAGAGAUUUGGCUCAAAUAAACAGAUAAAAGGAGAUCACGUGGUUUUUGGUAAGGUGUUAUGUUUAGAGUGUUUCAGCUUUAAUAUAUUUGCAUGCAAUAUCACUAAGAAUUCUUCUACUGUUGGGAAUGGAUGAGUGACAUUCUCAGGAUUUUAUGGGAAAAGAAAUAACCAUCAUAGCAUGGGACAGAGAGAGUGUCAUAGACGAAGAGAGAGAAUAAUAUUUUAAUUUGGAAGGAAGUGGGGGGGAAUAAUUUUAGAUAGCAAUUGAAAUUAAAAAAAAAAUCCUAUUUUUCAAUGACCUGUUAUAAGAUAUACUUGUCAAUAUUUUAUGGACCCAUGGCAGUAAUGCUCCCCAGAAAUGUCUUAGAUUUGCCAAUUCCCAUGAUUACCACCCUCAUUUUUUUUGUUGCCAACACUCUUAUAUCCCUCUAGACCCCUUGCCUCCCUUAUAUUGCCUACCUCAUCCCAGUGCAUCUUCACGGUUGCCAGAUAAAUCUUUCCUAUUUGCAGCUUUGUUCAAGGAAAUAACCAGAUUCCUUAGCUUGAUAUUCAAGACCCCUGUGUUCAACUUUCUAGCCUUUAUACUCUAGCUUUUACUAUUGCUCCCACCAACCAAUGAUUUUUGCCAUUUCCCAAACACUGCACUUAAAAAAAAAUUUUUAUUUAAUUAGUCAAUUUAGAAUAUUUUUCCUUGGUUACAAGAGUCAUGUUCUUUCCCUCCCUUCCCUCCACCCCCUCCCAUAGCUGGCACACAAUUCCAUUGGGUUUUACAUGUCUUUGAUCAAAACUUAUUUCCAUAUUGUUUAUAUGUGUACUAGGAUGAUCAUUCAGAGUCUAUAUCCCCAAUCAUAUCCCCAUCGACCCAUGUGAUCCAGCAAUUGUUUUUCUUCUGUGUUUUUGCUCCCACAGUUCUUCCUUUGGAUGUGGAUAGUGUUCUUUCUCAUAAAUCCCUCCGAAUUGUUCUGGAUUAUUGCAUUGCUACUACUAGAGAAGUCCUUUACAUUCGAUUGUACCACAGUCUCUUUGUAUAAGUAUUGCACUUUAUUACAUCUAUAGCUUUGCUUAUCAUAUGCCCUAAGCUUUUAAUACUCUCCCUUCCAGUCUCUGUCUAUAUGAGGCCUUCCCAUCUUUUAAGGCCCAGAUCAAAUGCUGCAUCCUUUAUGAAACCUUCCUUGAUGACUAUAGUAACUAUGCUUUCCCUUUGAACUCUUAAGGUUUUGAAUGCAAACCUUCCAUGACACUUAUUCUUCUGUGUAUUGUAUGCAAAUUAUAUAGAUUGUAAAUCCCUUGAGGGAAGAGACUAUCUUUGUAUCCCUCAGUGACCAAACACAUUGUAGGUACAAAAUAAAUGCCUGUUGAAAGAA